GUGGAAAAGACACAGGUAAAUUCCGAGUCUCUCGCUUAUUGUCUGCGCGAGUCGGUUCGGCAUAAUUCCUCAUAUAAGUGCAUUAUUCUAGGGUUGUGAGGUUUCAUUUCGUCGAAAUCCGACAAGGAGGUCGACAGAGAGACCGCGUGGUCGGUUGUAUAGCAGAAUAUAAGACAUUCAUCUGGGUUUCUGGUAUUAUUCCUUUGUAAAUACUGUUAUUUGUAUAUACUGUAAAUGAUGACGUCGGUGGGCGGAAACCGAGCCUGCGGCAGCUGGGAGCAGCAGACGCAGACAGGCCAGACACAGCACAAGCAGAGACCUCAGGCCACUGCUGAGCAGAUCCGACUCGCGCAGAUGAUUUCGGACCACAAUGAUGCUGAUUUUGAAGAAAAAGUUAAGCAGCUGAUUGACAUCACAGGCAAGGACCAGGAUGAGUCUAUGAUCGCACUGCACGACUGCAACGGGGAUGUCAACAGAGCCAUCAACGUGUUGCUGGAGGGUAGCCCAGAUACUGACUCUUGGGAGAUGGUGGGGAAGAAGAAAGGAGUGUCCGGUCAAAAGGAGCCUGGCCAUGCCGAGACCGGAGAGGAAGGAAAGGAGAACCGGGAUAGGGGAGCGGAGAGGGACGUGGCACGUCGUCGAGGUGGGGCCCCACGCAGGGGCAGAGGGGCUAGCAGGGGACGAGAGUUCCGUGUACAGGAGAAUGGUCUGGAUGGAGGAAAGGCUGCUGGGAUAGCAGGCAGGGGCACAGAGCGAGGCCACAGGGGUCGGGGCAGAGGAAGAGGGGGAGAACGGGAGCGAGGCAGGCGAGGGGGCAGGUUUUCGGCGCAGGGCAUGGGCCAGAUUGAUAAGGGGCCCAGAUAUGAUUUUUCAGGAGAUGAGAGAACGUUCAACCCGGCGGACUACGCUGAGCCUACCCAGACAGAGGAGAGCUACGGCGGGGGAAGCACCUGGAACAACACGGGAAACCUGGAGUCAGAGGAAGGACCCAGGAUUGAGUACUCUGCGAGAGGAGAGGGAACAAAUUACCAACCCAAGUUUGACUCUGCCCCUUGUGCCUGGAGGAGCGUGUCAGAAGAGUGGGGUACUGAGGACUGGAAUGAGGACCUGUCAGAGACCAAGAUCUUCACAGCCUCCAGUGUGGCCUCCAUGCCACACCCCCAGGAGAAUGUCACCAUCACUGCAGGACAGAGGAUUGACCUGGCAGUGCUGCUAGGGAAGACUUCCCCAUCCGAGGCAGAGGCCCCGGGCCCCAUGGAGGCCAGCCAGCCCCCCUCCCUCCCCCAGUCACUGGUCUUCAGCAACUCCAAGCAGGGUGGGCCGCUGUCCCAACCCACCUCCAGCAGCACCUCCUACACCCAGCACAGCAUGGUGAACAUGCUGCGGAAGGGCUUCGGGGAGGUGGGGGACCCUAAAGGAGGCAGCACAGGGACGACCAGCGGCUCCCAGUUCUUGGAGCAGUUUAAGACGGCCCAGGCCUUGGCCCAGCUGGCCGCCCAGCAGUCCCAGACAGGACAGCCCAACCCCACCCCCUCUUCCUGGGACACCAGCUCCGCAGCGCUAGGCCAGUAUGACAUGAAGGCCCAGCCGGAGCCUGCGGUCCACAGCCCCUUCACCAAGCGCCAUCCCUACCAGCCCACCACCUCUGUGUUGGAUGCCUUCCUCCCCCCUUCCUCAGUCUCCUCCUCCAUGCCCUCACAGAGCACCCCAUCGUCCCACAUGGCGCACCCCGCGUCUGCCCUCCCGAAGAUGACGGUGCCCCCCCUGCGGCAGCAGGUGUCACCUGGCUCAUCGGACGCCCAGGGCUCCAGCCCCCUGCCAUUGCAGCAGCACAAGCUCAAGCAACAGAAGAAGAGGACCUCCAUCACCACCAAGAUUCCAGCGAUGGCGGUGGAGAUGCCUGGCUCGGCAGACAUCUCUGGGCUGAACCUGCAAUUUGGAGCACUGCAGUUUGGCUCUGAACCUGUGCUCCAGGAGUACGACAGCACCCCAACCACCACCACACCAGGAAGCCAGGUUCAGAACAGCCUCUACACAAGCCCCAGCUGUGAUGCGAUUCCCUCCCUCUCCAACCCCAGUCAGAUGGACAUGUACGACCAGAGGGCUCCCCAGGCCCGGCGCUACCCCACCCCCGUCUCCUCCCCGCAGAAAGACAUGCAGAACAAGAAUGGAUUCAAUUCAAUACAGACGCAUUCUGUGGAAGCUGCAGCAGGCUCUGCAGUGUCUGUGAAGUUGGCCUCUGAUUCGGCCACGCCCGCGUCAGUCUCCAUGGCUACAUUGACGGACAGUGGCUCAGGGCCCGCGUCCUUGUUGAGCACAUCCAAUCAGUCGUCGCACAGCACUCUGGGGCACAAUGAAGACUUGCCCCCGAAUACCAUGCCCCCGCCUCAGCACAGCAAUUCCCUUUCUACACAACAGAACAGUCUCGCUCAAUCCCAAGUCCGCACAUCCAACGCCAGUCUAAUGCACCAGAGAGUAGACGACUCCAGCUUGCACUCUUCCUCCUUCCCUUCCUCUGUCUCGGUGGUCCCCUCUUCCUCGGCCCCCUCUUCCUCGUCGGUGGUUGCAGCAGCGCAUCAGGUCUCCAUGGGGGCCCCUCAGCCCUCUUCAGUGAACACAGUGUCUCAGUCAGCCCCCUCAGGCCUGGGCCCCGUCAGCAGCCUAGCAGCCAUGGGCCUCCACACAGCAGCCUCCAUGGGACCUCCAGCUGUAGCCUCGGCAGCCAUGUCCACAGCAGCACAAGCCCAGGCUAUCGCUUCCUCCGCCUCCUCACGCAGCUCUGCAGUCUCCUCAGGUCUCUUUACAGGGAAAGCACCUCCUAACCUUCCUCCUGGAGUGCCCCCUCUGCUGCCCAACCCAUACAUUAUGGCCCCCGGACUACUGCACGCCUACCCUCCUCAGGUGUACGGCUAUGAUGACCUACAGAUGCUCCAGACUAGAAUACCACUGGAUUACUACAGCAUCCCGUUUGCCACCCCCAACACAGCACUGACUGGCAGAGAUGGCAGCCUGAGCAACAACCCUUACUCUGGUGACUUAUCAAAGUUUGGUCGAGGUGACGCGUCGUCCCCGGCGCCGGCCACCACGUUGGCCCAGCAGACACAGCAGAACCAGAGCCAGACGCAUCACACCACGCAGCAGCCUUUCCUUAACCCAGCGCUUCCCCCCGGCUACAGCUACACCAGCCUGCCCUACUACACCGGCGUGCCGGGCCUGCCCAACACCUUCCAGUAUGGCCCCGCCAUGUUCCCGGUGGCUCCUACCUCGUCGAAGCAGCACGGUGUGAACGUUGGAGUCAAUGCCUCGGCAACUGCCUUCCAGCAGGCCAGCGGCUACGGUUCCCAUGGUUACAACACUGGCUAUGAGGAUAUGGGCCAGGCUUCAGGGAGUGGGGAUUUCUGUAAGGGUGGAUACGGCACUGCCGUGGCCGCCGUCGCUUCUGCGCAAAACAAGCAAGCCAGCUCUGUCAGCGGGCCUGGAGUCGGAGUCUCGGUGACGUCAAGCAACACGGGGGUCCCAGACAUUUCAGGGUCUGUUUACACAAAGACACAGCAGCAGCAGUCUUUUGAGAAGCAGCAGGGUUUCCACGCUGGUACACCGCCAGCUUCCUUCAGCCUGCCCUCUGCCCUGGGCGGCGGUGGUCCCAUCAACCCGCCAGCCGCGGCUGGUUACGCUCCAGCUCCCUUCAUGCACAUCCUGGCACCGCACCAGCAGCCCCACUCGCAGAUCCUGCACCACCAUCUGCAGCAGGACGGACAGAGUGGUGGCACUGGACAGCGUAGCCAGAAUGCUUCGCUUCAACAGAAGACCCAGAUCAACAAGUCUGCAUACAACAGCUACAACUGGGGGGCCAACUAACACCCACCCAUCAUCCAGCCCCCUGUCCCCACAAAUGGUCUCCAUAUAACCCCCUCUCCUACAGAGAUCCCCUCCCCAUUCUCUCGGCUCAGCACACGGCAGUACUCACCACUGCCACGGGUGGCGCUGUGCUGAGAGGGAAAGCACUAGUGUGGCGAGGAGAGUAGGGGGACAGUCUUAAAAGAGAGGGGGGUGGAGUUAAAUGGUUAUAGUAACAGAUCGUUAAGAGCGGAGUAUUGUUUGGAAUUUUGUAUCGUGUUCAACCCCCCUCCCUUUCACUCUGUUGUAUUUAACAUAGAACUGUUUUCUAAAAGAACGAAUGUUUUUGUUUUUACUGAAGGUGGGGGACAGGCUGGUUUUCUAUUUCUCACCCUCUCCCCUCACCCCCUUAUUCCCACCCUAUACCCAAACACAGAUUAUGUUUUUCCUUUGUUUCCCAUUUGGUUUUUACAAAAUUUUAGUUUCACUAAUGGAUUCUCUAAAUUGACAGAGCAGUUGUGAAGUUUAUUUUUUACCAUAAAGAUAUAUAGAUCUGGAUCUAAAUAUAGAUAUCUAUAUUGUGUGUGUACACUGGGGGUCCCUCAAACUCAUAUCAUGUGAAAUUAUUUCCCAUUUUAUGUUGCAAAGUAGCUUUACCCCUGAUUUAAACGUUUUUUACAUUUGUAGAUUCUGGAGUACAAAAUUACAUUGUACGAGAGGCCAGGGCACACCCUUACCUACCUAUAAGUUCAGUUAUUUUUCUAAUCCCCAUUACACGCUCACUCCACCACCUGUCCCCCCCCAAUAUAUUAUUAGGAAACCUGCAGAAAUGAUUACUGAUGGACAGUUUUACUGUUAGUUUUUUUUGUCAGUGAUUUUCUUUUUGUACUGUGUGUUUUAAAAUGUUUUUUUUUAUUUUUAUGGAUGAGUGUGUGUGUACAUAUACACUACAUGGCC